AUGUCAACAGUUCUCCCAGCUGUCUUAGGCGGCGUUGCAGGAGCUGUGGCAUUGCUUAUGCUUCUGGUGAUCUUAAUACAUUUCUGGAUGCUGCGUAGGAGCGUCCCAAGAACUGCAGAAAGCAGCUCCUCUGACCCUUCUCCUCAAGGUGGUGCUCCUGUUCAGGAAGCCAUAGUAUGUCUGAGGGUUUAUGUCUCCAGUCCAGUUGAGUCUAACCCCCAGUUAUUGAAAUUUACAGGUUCUCGGAGUGUUGAGUUGCCUCUGACGGUUGGCAUCUCUUACCCAUCUGAUCUUCAAGGGGCAAGAUGCUUCUCUCUGGAGGACUUGAACAAGGCCACUAAGAACUUCAGUGAGAACAAUUUGGUCGGAGAAGGAAAUUUUGGAGAAGUAUACAAGGGCCUGAUUCUCGAUAUGAUAGUGGCUGUUAAAAGGCGCUCUGCUUCCCCAAGUCAGGAAUUUGUUCAAAAGGUAUUUGGAACUCCCACUAUGGAACCAGUGGGAUUUUCUAGCUUCGUUGGCCCCCCAGAAUUUUCUUUUUAUCUUCCUGGUUCUAGCCUCUCUUAAUUAUAGUCAUGGAUAGUAUAAUCACAUGUUGACAUACGUUCAUUUCACGCGUUGACUCCUGAAACUUGUACACUCUUCCGUGUUUAUCUUCCAGGUGCAAAAGCUUUCUUCAAUUAGGCAUCGGAAUAUUGUAAGCCUGCUGGGUUACUGCCAGGAAAGCAACCUUCAGAUGCUUAUCUAUGAAUAUAUACCCAAUGGCAGCAUUUCAUCCCACUUAUUUGGUAAUUCCUUUUACUUUCCUCUCAUUGAUUGCAUUCUCCAUGUGAUUUCCUUGUCUGAGCGCAAGAAAAUCUCUAAUCUUCGUUGUAGGUACCUCCAACACGAGACUAGAAUUCAAGCAUAGGCUUUCUAUUGCUUGUCGAGCAGCUAAAGGUGAUCGUCUGCCAAAUCAGUGAGCAUGGGUAGUUUUCAUGGUAUUGGUUUCCCCUGAGAUGCAGCGAUGAACAUAACAGGCCUAGAUUUUCCAUGCCGAAUUGCAGUUAUUCGUUUGAAAUUUUUAUGAGACCAUAACAUUGAGUGAUAUUAAGGUUUUUUCGUAGGUUAUCAAAGCAAUAUUGCCGGUUUCUCACUCUUUCCCCUUCGGUCAGGUUUGGCUUACCUGCAUUCGCUCAAUCCACCUGUAGUACACAUGGAUUUCAAGACAGCAAAUGUCCUGGUGGACGAAAACUAUAUACCCAAGGUUGCAGAUGUAGGCUUACAAAAUUUUCUCAGAAGAAAUGAUGGUGCGGGCCCGUCUCAGACAAAGGCGGAAAAUCUUUUCUUGGAUCCAGGGUAGUUUUUUCUUGCCAUUUUGAAGCUCAUAUAUCUGAUUAUUGUACCCAAAACGGAAAAAAAAAUGUAUUUUGGUUAAAUAAUUCCGUCUUCGUCAAUGUUUCUGGACAGGGUCUGCGAGUCCAGAUCAUUUACUGACAAAAGUGACGUCUACAGCUUCGGAGUUUUCCUUCUGGAGCUAGUGAGUGGGACGGAAGCUUCACAACUUCAGUUCACCGGAUCCAAUCAAGGCAUUACUGAAUGGGUACUUGAUAUUCUUUGUGCCCUCAUCAUCUUAUUUAAUUUAUCUCUUCAAGAGUUUUCCAUUCAGAUUAUCGAUAUAAUUUUCUCAUCUUCAUCACAAAUAAUCCUUUAUUAGAACAGUUCCUCUUUUUUUCUUUUCUUUUUUUGAUACUGCAGUAAAGCCGAGGAAAAACCUAAUCAUGAAUUCUCUCCUGAAGGCGCAAGACUACGAUGAUUCCAGCGACAUAUCCGCCCUCAUCGAUCGUAGGAUGGCGAGAUCUUUCACCGAUAAAGGGUUGAGAGACUUGCUGCGGCUGGCGGUCUGGUGCUUGAACCCUUCCGCCGGCGGGCGCCCCCCGAUGAGCUUCGUGGGGUCAGAACUUGAUAGAAUCCUCGAUAAAGAGAUGAGCUUGACGACGAUCAUGGGGGAGGGCACCCCAACGUUGACCCUCGGAAGCGAGCUCUUCAUGUCCUAG